AUGGCACAGAAUUUGAGCUUUGCGCGUGGUGGCACCAGUUCCUGGGCCGAUGAAGAUGAUGUGGAACUGCAGCCUCUACCAGUGAUCCCCAAGAUUACUUCGAUGGAGACGCCAGAGCCCAUUGUGGAGGAAGAGACCAAGCCUGAAGAACAGUAUCAAGAUGAGCCUCGUCACGGUGAUCAAGGCGAUUUUCACCGGGAAGAACGUAAUGACCGUCAGGAAGGAUAUGGCGAUCGUCGUGGAAGACAAGGGGGCCAUCGUAGUGGACACGAUGACCGUCGCGGAUCUCGUGAGGAGCGUCCUAAGAAUCCCGUGCCAGAUGUCGGCCCGUGGAAGCUCUUUGUGGGCAACUUGCCCUUCCGUCUGACGGAAGACGACCUGGCAGAGUUCAUCGGGCCGGACGGUAUCAGGGACAUUCGCUUUCCGCGUGAUUACGAACACCGUCCCAAGGGCUUUGCGUACGUGGAGUUUGAUGACAAGGAAAAGCUCGUUCAGGCGCUGGCCCUAGAUGGAUGCAACGUUGAUGGUCGCCCUGUCAAGAUGGACGUGGCGUUAAGCCACGAACGUGAACGUAAGCCGCGCAACAACAGUAGGUUUGAAAAGCGCAACGACCGCUCCUCGCAAGACCGCUCCCGUGAGGGCAGUGAUGCUCGUCAAGAACGUCCACGUCUGUCGCUGCUGCCACGCACCGCAACCGAAAAGAAUGAUUCGGAUGCAAUUAUGCCUAGCAUUUUUGGCGAGGCAAAGCCGCGCGACGAGAGUGCUUAUUUGGAGCGUAAGAAAGCACUCGAACUCGAACGCAAGGCGAAGGCGAAAGAGUCGAAGGCGAAAGAGUCGAAGGCGAAAGAAGUGAAGGCGAAAGAAGGCAAAGAAUUUAAAGCCAAGGCUAAGACGGAAGCUCAAGCUGCCGUGUUUACGCACAGAAGCAAUCGUGAUGACAGCUCACGUGGCGGUCGAGGUCGUAGUCGUGGCCACAGUGAUCGUCGCCAUGUUGAUGGCGGUCAUGGUCGUGGUGUUUCCAUGAAGGAGGAUGCUUCGGCACGAAAGUCGGAGCCUCGCCCAAAGUUGGAAUCUCGCUCAAAGCGUUUGGAGCCUCCCAAGGCCAAGAUUUCAGCGCUGGCAUCGGCGAAAAUGGCCAAUGUAUUUGAAGUCCUGGAUGACUCCGAUUCGAGUUCGGAUUAG